AUGACAGACACAAAUGGUCUGAAUGUUCAUCCUCAAAUUGAUUAUUUGUUGUUCCAGCUAAAUCCAACGCGAGAAGAAACUCUCAACAAAGUCGCCGCUGCCAAUGGAGGGGACAGGCUUAGCAAGCUGCCCAAUGACCUUUUGCUCAACAUUCUGGAGAGGGUGGACACACUCGAUGCUAUAAGGGCCUACUUCCUAUCCAAGCAAAUGCUGAAGCUCCCCUCCAUGCUCUCAGAGCUCUUCCUAAGUACUGGUUCCAUUCUAGGCCACCAUGAUAAAGCUCGUGUUUUCGGUCUUGGUGAAUUCCUCCAAACCAACCGAGCCGUGGCUCAUGUAACUGAUAACUCCAUGUCUACCACCUUCGCCGUCAUGUCGCCCGGCACCAUGGGCCCGAUCACCACCACCUCCUCCGCCUCCACCUUUGCCUCCUCAUCCACAACCACCAAUUCUUUUCUCAGAUCACCACCACAGGAGAAGCUGACAAGGGGGAACUUCCUGCUUUGGAAGGCCAUCAUGCUUCCCCAGAUCAAAGGUGCCCAGAUGGGGCACCACCUCGACGCAACGAGCCCGCCACCGCUGGCCACUCUCACCAUCACCAAGGAUGGCAAAGAAGAGCAAGUCGUCAAUUUCGCGCGCACUCUCUGGUAUGCCCAACAACAAGAACUUCAAGGGUUCUUGAUGGGUUCUUUUUCCCGCGAGAUCCUUUCCCAGGUGGCCACGAUCCAGACGCCGGCCGCGGUGUGGCGCGCCAUCAACGACAUGUUCGCUGCUCAGAGCCAAGCGUGGGCGAUCAACACCCGCAUUGAGCUCACCAACCUUAAAAAAGGUAACAUGUCCAUGGCAGAGUAUCUUGGCAAGAUCAAAACCCUCACUGAUGAAGUCACGUGCACGGCUUCGGCGCUCUCCGAUCCGGAGAUCAUCUCCAAGAUCCUUGCUGGCCUUGACAUGGAAUAUAGUCCUGUCGUCUCUGCUCUUGCUGCACGGGUGGAACCGAUCACGGUUCCGGAGUUUCAUAGUCAGCUCCUCAGUUUUGAUACCCGCCUCACUCUCCUCCACGACGGCGAUCUCCGGCAAUCAUCUUCAUACUCCGCUUCACGGGGUCGCGGCCGUGGCCGUGGUCACCAGGGCGGCAACCGUGGUGGUGGUCGCGGACGUGGCGCGUCUUCGGGCGAUGGCGCCCUCUCUGGUGGCACCUACAGCCACAACACUGAGGGCGGAGGCUACGGCAACAACCAUGGGGGUGGCGGCUUCAACUACAACAAUGGCUUCCGUCCCUCCUCCUCACGUGGCCGCCCUUGCUGUCAGCUCUGCAAGAAGGCCGGUCAUGAGGUCAUCGACUAUUGGCAUCGGUAUGAUGAAAAUUUUGUCCCGGAUACUCAUUUGGUUGCAGCCGCUAUGCGCGAGCAAGGUGGGGACGACGUCUGGUAUGUUGACUCUGGUGCUACGGACCACGUCACCAAUGAGCUAGAGAAACUUGCCCUUCACGAGACAUACCAUGGCACCGACCAGAUCCACACCGCCAGUGGUAAAGACUGGGCAAGAUGUGCUGAUGAUAGAAGGUCUACUAGUGGUUUUGCUGUGUUUCUGGGAUCUAAUCUUGUGUCAUGGAGUGCAAGAAAGUGCCCGGAUAUCACCAUCACAAAACUCAAAAUCAGAUUUGUCUUGACGCAACACGACUCUCUCACCAUUUGUAGAUCUGUUGCCCGCACCAUGUCAACCAAGAAAGUUGCCGUGGCUGAAUUCCAGAUCACAAUAGAGAAGUCUCGUAAGAUCUGCUCUUCUGCAAAUUUUCUCCAGUUUGGUAAGCAGUCCAAUGAUCUUAUCGGUGCUUGUCCAGAUGCAUAUGUUGGCCUUAGGCGCUUGUGGCUGCGCAAUAUGAGAUUUGGUGAACUCGACAUCCCCAACAUUUUCAGCACUUGCAAGCUUUUUGAGUCUUUGCGUUUAACCGAUUGCGACUCAGGGAUCUAUUCUGUGCUGCAAGUAGAACAUGCUGAACUUGUUGAGUUCAAGGUCGACAGGGGGAAAUUUGAGAGAAUUGAACUGGCAUAUCUACCAAAACUCCAAAGGGUGUGCUAUAAUAGUUGGUACUCUUAUGAAUAUUUCCUGUAUUUUCGUUUUGUACCACAACUUUCGAAGCUCACACUUAUGAAAUCUGCCGGUCGUAUGCAAAAGACCCUUGAGUUAAGUCAGCUCCUUGCUAAUGUUCCUUCUGUAAGUAAUCUGCAUCUGGAUUUUGCAAGUGAACAGAUUUGGGUUCUUCCAGAAUCCCCGAAGCUGCUUACUCAUGUGGUCAGCAAACUACAUCAUGUGAAUCCGGGUCAUCUUUCUGAAGGAUGUGAUUUAGCUUGGACAAUGUUUAUUCUUGAAGCUGCACCGUCCCUAAAAGAGCUCUACAUUAGAGUAUGGGAUCAUUGGUGCAAAAAGGUGACAUACAAAGAUUUACAGAAGAAAUAUGGUUUGUGCAAAAAGGCAGAGGUGAAGUGGAAGCCAUAUGCCCCUUAUUUCAAGCACAAGAAUCUGGUAAGACUUACCAUCUAUGGCUUCCAGCCCGACGAUAACUUUGUGACCUACAUCAGGCGUGUUGUGGAAGCUGGGGUUAAUAUGGCAGAGAUACAUCUGCAUGACAGGAAGGUGUGUGGGUGUUGUAGUGACCUGGAUCCUGCGAUGAAGGGCAAGGUUUGUCCAUCAAGAUAUCCACGAACCACUGAGGAGAGGAAGCAGACAACUGAGGGGUUGGGUUUGAGUUCACGUGUUGUGAUUCACUUUCCGUCCUAA